AUCUGCUCGCGUGUCUCUGUCUGCUUGGGUGUUUGUGAUGGCUUCUUCUCCGGGCAGUGCCAUGUUCUUCCUCUUGUUCUCACUGGUGCUGCUAGGGGAGCUCUGCUGCUGUUCUUGCUCUCAGGUGUUUGUGGUUUACAUGGGCAAGGGAUUGCAGGGAGACAGUGGUAGUCAUCGUGACAUUUUGAGGCUUCACCACCAGAUGCUGACUGAUGUUCAUGAUGGAAGCUUGGAGAAGGCACAGGCAUCACAUGUCUACACCUACAGCAGAGGUUUCCAAGGAUUUGCUGCGAAACUGAGCAAAGAGCAAGCCAUGAAACUAGCCGAGAUGCCCGGUGUUGUCUCGGUGUUCCCAAACACAAAGAGGAACCUCCACACCACCCAUUCGUGGGAUUUCAUGGGCUUGUCCACCAAUGCAGAGGCUGGGGUCCCUGGAUUGUACACCAAGAACCAGGAGAAUGUUAUUGUUGGAUUUAUUGACACAGGAAUUUGGCCAGAGUCCCCUAGUUUCAGUGACCAUGGGAUGCCUCCAGUUCCUAAAAGAUGGAGAGGGCAAUGCCAGAGAGGAGAAGCAAAUUCACCAUCAAAUUUCACCUGUAACAGGAAGAUAAUAGGAGGUAGGUAUUACCUAAAUGGAUUCCAAACAGAAGAGGGUGGUUCAAGUACAAGCGCUGUCAAGUUCAUAUCUCCAAGAGACAGCUCGGGGCACGGCAGCCACACAGCCUCAAUAGCAGCUGGAAGAUUUGUCAGAAACAUGAAUUUCGGAGGUCUAGGCACUGGAGGAGGUCGAGGAGGAGCUCCCAUGGCAAGGAUUGCAGUCUACAAGGCCUGCUGGGAUUCAGGCUGUUACGAUGUUGACAUUCUUGCAGCAUUUGAUGAUGCCAUCAGCGAUGGCGUCAACAUUAUAUCUGUGUCUCUAGGCCCAGACUAUCCUCAGGGAGACUAUUUCAGUGAUGCCAUAUCCAUUGGCUCGUUCCAUGCCAUGAGCAAUGGAAUACUGGUUGUUUCUUCUGCAGGGAAUGCUGGGAGACAGGGCUCAGCAACUAACCUUGCACCAUGGAUGCUGACAGUUGCCGCAGGAACAACUGAUAGAUCCUUUGUCUCCUAUAUCAGGCUGGCAAAUGGUACCUUCGUAAUGGGUGAGAGCUUGAGUACAUACCACAUGAACACUUCCAUUAGAACUAUUUCAGCUUCAACGGCAAAUGCAGGCUAUUUCACCCCCUAUCAAUCCAGCUUUUGUCUGGACAGCUCUUUAAAUAGGACAAAGGCCAGGGGAAAGAUUCUUAUUUGUCGCCAUACUGAAAGCUCCUCCGCAUCACAUGUAUCAACGAGUAUGGUCGUAAAAAAAGCUGGUGCAGCUGGGAUGAUUCUCAUCGAUGAGAUGGGGGAUCAUGUUGCUAAUCACUUUGCUCUUCCUGCUACUGCUGUUGGGAAAGCAAUGGGCGACAAAAUUCUUUCUUACACCAAGAGUACAAGGCAUGCCAGUACAAUGAUCUUGCCAGCGAAGACGUUCUUAGGGUCCCGAGAUGCCCCCCGUGUAGCCGCAUUCUCUUCAAGAGGUCCAAGUUCAUUGACACCAGAGAUUCUGAAGCCGGAUGUCGCUGCUCCUGGGCUGAACAUCUUGGCGGCAUGGUCUCCUGCUAAGAAUGACAUGCACUUCAACAUCCUAUCUGGAACUUCCAUGGCGUGUCCCCAUGUUACUGGAAUAGCAGCUCUCGUCAAAAGUGUAUAUCCAUCAUGGUCUCCUUCAGCAAUCAAAUCAGCAAUCAUGACAACAGCAACUGUACUGGAUAACAAAAGAAAACCCAUGACCACGGACCCUGAUGGGAGGACUGCAACCCCAUUUGACUUCGGCUCGGGUUUUAUGGAUCCCGUCAAAGCUCUCAACCCAGGGAUCAUCUUUGACGCACAGCCUGAAGAUUACAAGACAUUUUUAUGUGCUAUAGGCUACGAUGAUCACUCCUUGCAUCUAAUUACUGGAUACAACAGUACCUGUACCGACAGAGCUCCCUCUUCUGCUACUGCUUUGAACUACCCAUCGAUCACCAUACCAUACCUGAAGAAAAGCUAUUCGGUCAUUCGAACUAUGACGAAUGUGGGUAAUCCGAGAGGCGCUUACCGUGCUGUGGUGUCUGCUCCUCGAGGCAUCAACGUGACAGUAACACCAGAAGUUCUGGUCUUCGAGAAAUACGGCGAAAAGAAGACUUUCACAGUUAGCUUCCAUGUGGAUGUGCCUCCUCCAGGUUACGUUUUCGGUAAUUUCACAUGGCAUGGAAGACACGCUCGCCUGAUGAUGCAAUUGGCAGUGAAAGUCCAAACUGAUGACAAAGGCCUGAUUUAA